GAUCGUGACAAGUCCGAUGACACGCGAAGGCAGCAUGAGUGGAUACCUAUUUGCCUCAUCAGGGCAGAACAGCCCAGAGUCAACACUUCACCUCAGAGUUUCACUUCAGAGCUUCACUUCAGAGCUUCAGCUGCAGACAUGGCGCAGCUGUACUGUUGGGGGGACAGCUCCAGUGGACAGUACGAGCCACAGACGGCCCUCAGCCCGGUGUCCUGGACCUUCCCCCGGGACAUUAGCUCCAUCUGCUGUGGGGACCAGUUCACUUUAUUCCUCUCAGGGGAUGGAGGCGUUUUCUCAUGUGGACACAACUCAAGGGGACAACUGGGACGAAAGACACCCGAAGAUGGAAGGAAACCAGGUCGUGUGGAGGGGCUUGGUGACGUGGUGACGAUGGCAUGUGGUCAGGACCACUGUCUGGCUGUGUGUGCGUCUGGAGACGUGUUCUCCUGGGGGGCUGCAGAGAAUGCAAAGCUGGGGAUGUUGUUGGAUCUAAAGCAAACCCACAUCAGACCAAGUCAGGUGCACAUACCAAUGCGGGUACCAGUGAUUCAUGUUGCCUGUGGAAACGUCCAUUCGCUGGCAUUGACUAAAGGAGGAGACGUCUUCUCCUGGGGAUCGAACACUCACGGUCAGCUGGGUCUGGGGAAGGAGGUGGCCCUGCAGCACAUGCCAUUCCGUGUGGUCGCUCUGUCCGGCGUACCUGUGACCCAGAUAGCAGCCGGAGCGAGCCACACCCUGUUCCUCACACUCGCAGGCCUGGUGUACUGCUGUGGAGCCAAUAAAUCUGGCCAGCUGGGGCUCAACAGGGUGGAUGAGAAGGGCAGGUUUAACAUCUGUAUGGUACCUGCGCUCAGACCUCUGGGUGUCUCCUUCAUGAGCUGUGGAGAAGCUCACUCCGCUGUGUUAACAAAGGAUGGUAAAGUUUACACUUUUGGAGAAGGAACCCACGGUCAGCUGGGUCACAGCUCCUCUGCCAAUGAAGUGAGACCCAGACUGGUCGAUGGUCUGGACGGACUGGCCUCACAGAUCGAAUGUGGCCGGAGUCACACUCUGGUGUUGGGCGAGUCUGGUCAGCUCUGGGCUUUUGGCAAUGGGGUCAAAGGUCAAAUUGGGACUGGACGAGCAGAGAACAAUCUGAGUCCCACUCUAGUUCAACUUCCAUGGACCACUGACAGUGCAGCAACCAUACCCACUGACUUGAAAAUAUCAGCCGGGUGGAACACAAACUUUACUUUCUCUUCACAUGCGCAGAGUCAUGGGCAGAUAACUGGACGACUCAAUGAGAGGAAGCUGCAAACAUGGCUGUCAAUGAGACACGGCAAUGCAGAGGCAAAGAGAGAAAUAUCGUCAAUAUUUUCGACAAAUUCAAGUCUUGUUGCAAGUUUCACAAAAGACAAGGGGUCUUCAUUAGAAGCUGGUGCUUUAACCGUCGACCUGGAAGCUGCGAGCCGAGCUUUUGACCAGCUGUUGGAAAUACCAUGGAUCAAACAAGCAAACGCCUUUGGAGGCUGGUGGUCUUCGGUGUCACCCUCCAUCCUGAUGAAGCACAUCAUGGUCUUCAAAAACGCCCUCGCCUUCAUGCUGAAAAACUGCCUCUUGAAAACUCACAACCCGGGAAUCAGAUACCUGAUGAAAGCUCUGAAACUACUUUACAGGGCCAACAGAGCUGGAAAUUCCUACAAAGUCCCACUGAGCAAGUUUUACGUGGAAGAGAUCAGGGACAGUGUGCAGCUGGACGAAGACAUUUGUCACUGGUUAAUAUAUUCUAAAUUGGAGGAUGAUGAAAACACACCUGCCAUUUUCUGCCGCUUCCCGUUCUUGUUGCCUCUGGAUUGCAAGGCAAGGGUCCUUAUCAUCCAUUCUAUUGCAAUGAAGAAAAUGGGCCAUAUAAUUGACGCGGAUGAAGAUGCUUUGAGAAAUCCCCAAAACAUUGCCCCGCUCACACCCUUCCAGCUGACCCUGAGACGAACUCACCUCGUAGAAGACACCUUCAGACAUCUGGCUGCGGCCGACCACUGCGCCUUCAAAAGGGAGCUUCUGGUGCAGUUUGUGGAUGAAAGAAAGGGGACGGACAUCAACCAGAGGGAACUCUUCCUCCACCUGUUUGAUGAGCUCAUUGCUCCUAAGUCUGAGAUGUUCAUGUCCAACGAGAGCGAGACUCAGAUCUGGUUCCCUCCCAGACCCAAAGUGGAGGAGAAGCGUUACUUCCUGUUCGGAGUUCUGUGUGGCAUGGCUCUUUACAACUACAACAUUGUCCACCUGCCCUUUCCACUGGUUCUCUUCAAGAAGCUGGUCGGGGUCAAACCCUCAAUGGAUGACAUGAAGGAGUUCGAACCUGGCAUGGCAGAGUCUUGGCGUUGCCUGAUGGACUACACUCCAGAUGAAGUCAAAGAUAAGAACAUAACCUUUAAAGUGAUUUGGGGUGGGGAGCAAGUUGAGCUUGAUCCAAAAGAAGCUGGAAAACCUGUCAGAGGCUCAAACAAGAAAGAGUUCGUUGAUGCCUUUAUCAACUACGCCUUUACCAAGUCGGUGCAGGGCGUGUUUGGAGAGUUCAGGAGAGGGUUUUUCAAAGUGUGUGACAUGGAUGUGGUGGACUUCUUCCAGCCGGAGGAGCUACAGGCGGUGAUGGUGGGCCAAGAAAACUACGACUGGCAGGUGUUCAAGCAGAACACAGUUUAUGAAGGAGAGUAUCAUGAAGAACAUCCAACCAUCAUCACCUUCUGGGAGGUGUUUGAGAAACUGAGUGCGGAGGACAAAAAAAAAAUUCCUUUGUAAGUAGUGUGGUUGUUGUUCCUCACAGGGUUUGACCGCGUACCCUUCCAGGGUAUGAAAAGCAUCACGAUGACAGUCACCAUGUUGCCCAAUAGCAGCGAACUCAAUCUGCCAGAAUCCGAUAUCUCUGACUAUCUGUUGUCACUGCCCAACUACCAGAGGUACCCGGUGGAGAGGACCAUGCAGACCAGGCUUCUUCAGGCCAUUCGUUACAAAGGAGGCUUCUAUAAGAAGCAAGAAACCAGAGCCUGAGGAAACUAUGGUGUCUUAAUUUCCGUUAGGCACUGCACAUUGUUAUUAUUAUAUAUUAAUAGUAACAUCAUUAGGAAGGGCGUUAAUGUGGAUUUAUUUAGUAGCAUCAUCAUUAUCACUUAUCAUUUAAACCCUGUCCACAUCAUUUAAUCUUUCCUGUUAACUAUAUUAUAGAGCUUUGAUGAGUUACAAAUAUAAAUUUAUCAAUGAAAAAAGACAGAAAGAGAGGGAAAGAAAUAAAGAAAGAAAUGGUAAAAAGAAGAGAGAAAGAGAAUUAAAUACAAAGAGGGAAAAGAAAGAAAAACUGAGUGAGAAACACACUAACGAGAAAGAAAGUGAAGUAAUGACAUGUAUAUAAUCAGGAAAUGUUUAAUUGUUCUGUCAUUUGUAACAUUAUAACCAUAUAAUAAAUGUUAAUGUAUUCAUUUAUAGCAUGA